CUGGCAAGCGGUUCAGGAGUCUGAGCGCCGAGCCACAGGAUAGGAGGCCAAGGGGGCAGAGGUUCCGUGAGGGGAGCUCACUGAGGGUUGGGGUUCCCUGCCAGCGGGGAGGGGUCGCAGAGGCGCGCGUCCUGGGGGCGCAGGCGCUGUGCGCGCCCACCCUCCGCGGCGUGCGCCCACCCUCCGCGGCGUCUGCCCGCUGCUCUCUUUCUACCGCCGCGCCGCUGGUCGCAGCCAGUCGGGCCAGCUCCAUGAGGACCAGGCACGUGAACUUGCUGAUCGCGCUCGUAGCCUUCGUGCUCUUCAGUUUCUCCUGCUUCUGCAUCUCCAGGAUGACUCAAAGCAGUAAUCAAUUAAUUAAUUGUAGAAAUCAUAUUUUGGAGUUCAAGGAAAAUAUUCUACGUCUGAAAAACAAAACAGAAAGAAAUCAUCAAGAGCUGAUCAAAGCCUUGAAUAAAAUGAAGUUUGAAGUUGCAGACAGAGAAAAUGUAUCAGUAAACUCAGUUAAGAAGAAUGUAAAUGCAUUGGGUAAGAAUGAAAUAGUUCCCAAUGCAUUUGAAGUCUUAAAGUUCUUUUUCCCUCAUCUUAGGAAAGUAGACAGAAUUUAUCCUGAUGUUAUCAUUGGCAAAGAGAAAACAGGCGUGUCAUUUGUGCUGGGUAUUUCCACUGUCAGCAGAGGAAAUCAUAGUUACCUGAAGCAAACGCUGACCUCUCUUAUCUCCAGGAUGACUCCUUCAGAAGAGAAGGACUCUGUGGUGAUUGUCUGUAUCGCAGAUAGUAAUGAAGAUUAUUUAAAAUCUGUGGUUGGCAUGAUUACAAAAAAAUUCAAAAGGCAACUGAUGUCUGGAUCCUUAGAAGUCAUUUCGAUACCUGCUUAUUUUUAUCCGCACAUGUUACAUGCCAGGCAAUCAACUGAGGCCUCACAAAAAUUAGAGAGGUGGAGAAUCAAACAAGUCUUGGAUUUUUGUUUUUUGAUGCUGUAUGCCCAACCCAAAGCCAGGUAUUACUUACAGCUAGAAGAUGACAUCAUAGCUAACAAGAUGUAUUUCACAAAAAUCGCAGAUUUUGUACAUAACAUAACUUCGAAUAAUUGGUUUUAUAUUGAGUUUUCAAUUCUAGGAUUUAUAGGAAAGCUGUUUAAAUCUGAGGAUUUAAUUGACUUUGUACGAUUUUUUUUAAUGUUCUACAAAGAUAAACCCAUAGACUUGCUCUUGGGGGACAUUUUUCAAGUAAAGAUGUGUAACCCAGGAGAAGCCCUUGAAAAAUGUAUAGAACGAAAUAAGCAUAUUCGUAUUCGAUAUAAACCUUCUCUUUUCCAACAUGUGGGGAUACAGUCAUCAUUCCCUGGACGAGAACAAUAUUUCAAAAAACCCUGUUUUUCUUUUGGAGAAUUACCCUUCGCGAGUGGAGAAAAGAUAGUCAGCUGGACCCAUGGGAUUGUGUGCGCCUUCUGGGAUGGAAGUCCUGGCGGCUCAGGUGUGGGCUGUGAGCGCUCCCCACACAGACUCAUUUCAGACUUCAGGUUUUGCCCCUGUUCGGCUCCCAUCUUCCAUUGA